CACAACCCUCCGAGGGUGCGUUUGAUUAUGAAUGCACGCCCAGGCCGCCGAGCGGUGCCUAAAGAAGCAGACCAGCUCCGCCCUCGGCGUCCACACGGCGGACACGGUGCGUUCCGUAGCCGCGCUGCUCUCUACUUCGUACGAUUAUAACCUCCUUGCCGGUCUUAACACUCAGCCCGCAUUCACUACCGGGCGUUGGGCCGCAAAGCCGCCGAGGAUGGCUCAUUUGACGAAGAACCCCGCCGACAAGGAGCGGUUCAUCUGUGUCUACCCAGUCUACAUCAACAGUAAGAAGACUCUGGCAGAAGGAAGAAGAAUCCCUGCUGACAAGGCGGUGGAGAACCCUUCUUGCGCCGAGAUCCGAGACGUCCUGACGGCGGCCGGCAUGAACGUCUACAUGGAGAACAAGAUGCAUCGGGAGUGGAACCGGGACGUGCAGUUCAAAGGUCGGAUCAGGGUCCAGCUGAAGCAGGAGGACGGCAGCUUGUGCCUCGACAACUUCGCCACCCGUAAAGACGUGAUGUUCUACGUGGCCGAGAUGAUCCCCAAACUGAAGACGCGCACACAGAAGAGCGGCGCGGGAGAAAGCAGCGCUCUGCAGGGCGACGGCGGCAAGAAGACCAAGAAGAAGAAGAAAUGACACCGCUUCCUUUUUCCACUUGGUCUCUUGUUUUGAAACUCUGAAAGGCGUGCGACGGCACACCCAUCACAUCCUGCCUGAGGAAGGAAGUCUUUUUAUUAUUAUUUUUUUUAAUUCAGAAGAUGUCUUUAGUUUUCAAAUGAAUGGACUAAACAAUCUUUCAUUUCAUUUAUUCAGGUUUAAAAGGGUCAGUACAUACUAAUAAACAUAAAAUAACAUGCAGUAUACUGUGUGUAUAUAAGUAUGUGUAUGUAUAUACACAUAGUAUUUAUUCAUAAGGAUACAUUUUAGGCUGUAUCCAAGCAACCAGAAGAGGAUUUUCUUACCUGAAAAGUUUCAUUUUAUUUUUCAUACCAAAUAAUACCAACCUUUUUUUUUAAAUGAUAUUUUUAACACCAAUUUCACACCUAAAAUAUUGAGCCCAUUGGCAUUGUGCAUUUUUUCUUACCUGUUUUAAGAAUCCAUAACUCUCCUGAUAUUUAUCACAGGAAAAGGAUGCAUAAAAAUCACUAGAAUCUUAAAUACAAGACCUGUCUGCUGAUACUGGUUUUAUUGUUGUUUCCAUGUUUAACUGCACUAUUACAGACGACCAAAGUGUGCUGUUGAUAUUUGACUUCAUUACAAGUCAAGUCAUCUGA